GCAAUCACAAGUCGAACUUACAAGAAGCACCAACAACAAUAAAAAACCAAAAGGUAAACAGUAGCUUACAAUAUGUAGGCCGUUAUGUGGAGCUGUCUGUUUUUGGUUUACCGUCUAACACCAUUUGGCACUUUUGACAUUGGAACUGUUUGUGAUUCCAGAACCCUCUGCUGCUUUUCCUCUUUUCUUUCUCCAUCAUUCCCUUCUCACCUGCUUGGCGCCAACUCGAAUCUCCCCCAAAGGGAAGAAAAAGACUUGUACAUUAAUUGGUGUUCUUCUGUUCACCGCGGCAGUGUAUGUGGGACAUAGAACUGUGGGGAUCAUCUUUUGAAAACGAUCUUGUGCUCCGUGAACAGCUUCCUUCUUCGUUUUCUUCAGCUUUUAGUAGUGUUCCCCCCAGAAUCGUCGGACUUAGGCAGACGUCCACUCGUUCGGCAAACAUCAUGUCUUUUUAUACCAACGACUACAAUGUCUGCUACGGUGGUAAUGCGGCUCAAAAUGAAGUGGCCGAGUCAGCUAUUAAGAACGACAACGCCGCCUUUGGACACCCGCCGUCACUGGGUUCAGAAUCGAGCUCCAUCUCCCCGGACGCAUCUGCAAUGCGAGUAGGUCAGCCUAACAACGGAGUCCUCAACGAUGAGAACUUUUCCCCGCGUGGCGAAGUGCCAGCGGAGCGGCAGAGGACGCCUCCUCCGAACGGCUCCGCCACGGCUGGGCAGCCGCCCACGCAGGGCAUCGUUGAGUUGACGCGGCGCGGCAGCUCUAUCGCGUCGCCGUUAGAGCCUUCGUCGCACCACAGCCACACAGACACGUACGAGCAGCCGCUGCCGCCCGAAGCGCUCGGGGCACGGCAGCUUAUCGACUACAUCUUUUCUCGUCACGCACCGGGGUGUCUGCAGAGUGCGCUGUCACGUUUGUCGGACGAUUCCCACCCGCGUCGACGGGAGGUCGGCUGGCCGAUGCCACUCCCAGCAGAGCCCGUGAAUCCCUCCAAUGGCCGCCGCCUCGUCUACUUCGGUCAGAGUCUGCGGCCUCAAUUUGUUCUCGCGGAGCAGAAGAACCGUUUUAUCGCUGUGGAGUUCAAGCCUGUGCUGCCGGCGGGGGCGGCUGCCGCGGCAGGUGCCGACCCCAAUCCAGGAGCCGCGACUUCGCCCACCAGGUACACUUCAUUUGGUACGGUGCUGGGGUACUCGGACGACAACACAAGGAUAGUCUGGCAUGACCGGUCGGAGCGUUUUGCGAGCUGCAUCUCGCUUGCUAGCAUCCAGUCGGUCCACCGCGCGGCUGCGAUGCAGUGCAAACACUGCGGCUUUGUCCUCCUGAAACUGGAACUGCAUGAACACAUGAGUACGCACAAGAAAGGCUCCGGUGUGGAGUAUGGCGUGUUCACCGACGACGACGAGCUCGGGCUGCUGUGCGGAGACUCCGGCUUAAUGCAGAACCUAACCUCUCCCCGCCGCCUCGGUGAAGGCGCGCAGGGAGUGGUGGAUCUCAUGAACGUGGUGCAGCCCACGAGUGCCGAGCUGCAGCAGGCUGGCCCUACGAGCGCCGUGUACAACUUUCGGAGCCAGCACCUCGCACACGCGUCGCGUCUGCAGAAGGUAGUGGUGAAGUCGAUGUUCUUCUCAAGCGAUAAGAUGGGUCUGCAGGAGUAUCAGAAAUCGGUCCGUUUUAUGACGGUAAUGCAGCACCCCCAUCUUGUCGAAUACUUGGCGGUGCAGUUGAAGCCAGACCACCGCACUGUGCGAAUCUGCAUGCCGUAUUACGAAGAAGGCGAUGUCUCGACUAUGAUCCGCGACUUCCGCGGCGACCACUUUGAGGAGAGUUUCGUCUGCUCCGUUGCACUGCAGUUGUCGUUGGCGCUGGCCUUUUUGCACGAGCGCAACCCGCCUAUCGUCCACGGCGACCUCAAGGUGGAGAACGUGAUGUUCUACAAUCACAAGCAGCAGAUUGUGCUCAUGGACCUCGAUGCCAGUCGGGAGGUGUCGGUGGGAAAUCAGGAAGCGGUGCAGUCCUCCCUCGGCACGACGGCGUACAUGGCACCGGAGACGCUGAAGGUGGAGCGCUUGAUGCCGUCGUCGGACAUGUGGAGCUUGGGCGUCUUUCUCUACGUCUUGACCGUGCUUCCUGACUUCCCGAUGAUUCUGAACCCCAACACGCAAAAUCUGGAUUUGCUCAACGCGGAUUCGUGGGCUACGCUGGAGGACCUGUUCGCAAUGGAAAGCUACUCCGCCAGCGCCCUCGGCGGCGGCCGCUCCAACACCGCGUCCGCACUGACAGGUCAAGGGAAUCGCGGAAUAACGUUAGGAGAAUGUGUGCGCGCCAAUGUAGUGCGCAAAGGCUUCUCAGACGACCUCGCACAGCUCAUAGUCGACCUCCUCUCCUACAACCCACUGCGGCGACCUACAGCGCACGUGGUGGGAGGGCGUCUGACGGACAUUAUGACCAAGUACCUCUUGGAUCAUUGA